UUAGACGAGGGCGUAAACGGUGAUAUAAUUUAUGCAGUUGUCAACCACGACAACGAUAAAAAUGUAAAUGCGUUUUCGAUAAACCCUGAAACAGGUGAAAUUACUGUGCAAAAAUACGUUGAUUAUGAGCAGAGUAAUGCAAUUGAAAUCCGAAUACAAGCAAAAGAUAGAGGUUAUAACCCGAGGGCUGCACACUGUAAAGUGCUGGUCGAGGUCGAGGAUGUCAAUGACAACAUACCAGAGAUAUCUGUGACGUCUUUAGUGAGAACUGUUAAAGAAGAUGCUCCGAUUGACACAAUGGUUGGAAUGAUAACUGUAACUGAUAGUGAUGCUGGUAAAAACGGACUGGUAACAUUAAACAUUCAGGGCUCUGCUCCUUUUAAAGUCCAGAAGUCGUACAAGAAUUAUUAUACUUUAGUUGUUAACGGGCCUUUAGACAGAGAGCGCGCGUCUGAGUAUAACGUGACUAUCACAGCUACUGAUGAAGGGACUCCGCCUCUCUCUAGCACCAGUGUCAUUACUGUACACGUUUCUGAUGUGAAUGACAACGCGCCGCGCUUUCCAGAGCCCGUCAUUAAUGUUUAUGUGAAAGAGAACAGUCAGAUUGGAGCUGUUAUUCAUACUGUAUCUGCUUUUGAUCCUGAUGUAGGUGAUAAUGCUCGGAUAACAUAUUACAUAUUAGUAGAUAUGUUAUGCUGUAUGUUACCCAACCAAUAUUUUUGA